UUUCCCCAAAUCCCUUUUCUCGAGCUUCAGCUUGCUUUGAUUGAUGAGUUCUUCAGUGUCGAAGUGUGUUGGACUUGAGAGCGUUGAAUUAUCCCCGCUGCAAUCCUCUCACUGUGCUGAGUUAUUUUAGUUCUUUCCUCUUGUCGAUGUGGGUUGAUAAUGCUACUGGUGCCCUGUAGUGCCAGAUUUUUAGGUUUAGGAUUCUUCUGGUUCUGGAUUGUGUUUAAUUGUACAUUUGUAGUACUUGAGGUUUGGGGUUUUAAUUUUUGAGGUUUUUCUGGAUGCUGUUCGUGUGGGAGUCGGGAGGAGCUUUUUGGUCUCAUGUACAUGAAUCAUUUGGGAGGAGAGUCUGUGGCGUUCUUUCAGCUGGGGAUGCAGACAGAGAAUGUUGAUUGGCAAUAACUUAGGGUACCAGGGGGUUAGGUCAUGAUCUGAUUGGGAAUCUAGUGUUUAUGAACUGUCAUACACAAGCAAGCUGAGGGUGAAAAGUUUAGGGUGGCGAUGUAUUGCCAAUGCAUACGCUCAUCGUGAUUAUAACUUCGUGUGCACGAAGAUUAUAAACAUGGGCUGUACCUUUCCAUGGGUUUAAGGGAGUAGUAUUUUAUUUUAUCAAAUUUAGCGGCGUUAGGCGGUGUAAAUAAGAUUUGCUGGUGCGAGUAGUCCAAGAAUGCACAGAGAUGAUUAGGUUUCAGAGUUUUAACAUUAGGGUUUAGUCUUACAACGAGGUUUUUGGAAUUAACUGCAUAGUCUCAUGGUGGAAGAAAAUAAUUUGAGCCCACGGCUCCAGGCAUCCAGGUCGUCGGCGAAAGGCUUUUUCUCAUGGAGAGAGUUUGCUUGGGGUGCACUGGCCAGUGGGUUCGGAGAGACAUUAAUGCAUCCAGUGGACACUUUGAAAACACGCAUUCAGAGUGGCCAAUCUGGAGUCACCUUGCAGAAGCAGAGCGACAUUGGGCACGCUCUUAAAAACAUAGUGGCUAUGGACGGUGUUCGUGCCCUAUACAGGGGUGUAGUACCAGGUUUGACAGGUUCAAUGAUAACAGGAGCCACAUACUUUGGAUUUAUUGAGUCUACGAAAGACUGGCUGGAGGACGAGCGCCCCAAUCUGGCUGGCCCCUGGGCCCACUUUUGUGCUGGUGCUGUUGGUGAUACCCUGGGUUCAGUAGUGUACGUUCCAUGUGAAGUGCUCAAGCAGCGAAUGCAGAUUCAAGGUAGUAGCAAAGGUUGGCACCAAAGACAUGGAGCAUCAUCUAGACUUGUGACCCCAAGCUUACAGUAUUAUCCUGGGAUGUGGCAUGCCGGACAAGCGAUUCUGAAGUACGAGGGUCUUUCAGGCCUGUAUGCUGGGUAUUUUUCUACCCUUGCUAGGGAUGUUCCCUUUGCAGGGUUUCAGAUUAUGCUCUAUGAAGGAAUGAGGGCGGCGACAGUGUUUGGACGGCGAAAUUCGUCCGUACCUCCAGUUGAGUUUCAGAAGCACGAGUUUAGCUCAUUGGAGGAGCUCAUGAUGGGUGGAACUGCAGGAGGUUUAAGUGCUUUUCUGACGACACCUAUGGACGUGUUAAAGACCAGGCUUCAAAUACAAGGUUCUCACAUGAGAUACAAGGGCUGGUUUGACGCAUGGCAACAAAUUUGGAGACUCGAAGGGAUCAAGGGGUUCUUUCGAGGAGCAUUGCCACGAGUACUAUGGUUUGUCCCUGCAUCUGCGGUCAGUUUCAUGGCAGUAGAGUGGCUGAGGAAGGAGUUCAAUACUCAGACUCCUGUGCGUAUCGAUUCUCAAUCUAUCCAACCUGAUGGGAGCCUCUCUGGUUCCCUCUCAUAGAUCCAAGCAGAAUUAAUAAGAAGCAACCCUUCACAAAAGACCAAGGUUUUUGAGCCUCAAGGGUAUAAUAUGUCUGCCUAGGGCUUAAAGUCUGGUUACCCCAUCUAUUCUUGCGUACCAGUUGUAGUGAACCUUUAUUAGCAGGAAUUUUUUUAUGCCCAAGAUUCUUGGAUUUAGAUGCACAUGAGUAUGUGGGAGCCUUUGAAGAGGUAUAGUAGUUCCCAGAAUUUCUGAAUAUCUUAGUAAUUUUUAUGACUUAGCAAGGUUCAUGGCUCGAGUUGAAUUGUUAUAUAUGAAGUCUAAAAAGUGCAGGCAGGAGAGAGCUGUGGGCUUUAUGCUCACAAGUUUGUCUGGUGCAUACAAAAAUGUUCAAAACAUGUCUGCGAGACAAAAGACGUGCCAAUUUUGGAGCUGUUAGAGCGCAUGGCAAUUUCAGAA